AUGCCUCAGGUGUCAAUGGCAUCGAUUGGUCGACAUUCGGGCGAGCUUGUUGUAGUUAGAUCUGGUAGAAAACGUAAAUGGAAACUUAUAGGAUUUGUUUUAGCUGGUAUUUCUCUUCUAUUAGUUUCCAUUAUUAUAGUUAUGACUACUAGCCGGCUUCUACCAUCUAACUCAAGUAUUGACUUAAUAGCAACUACAGCCGCGAUUAGCAUCAAUACCACUACGGAUAUAACAACGACAGAAACAAAUUUUAUUGCUAAAAAUAAAACUUUAUUAGAAGGUCAAACAAGUACACCUUCGCGAACAACUUCAUUUGACUUUCCAUCAAUUAUACCAACUACGACUAAAUCAAAUGGCUCUGUUAUCUAUACUCCGGCUGCUAUAUCCGACUUUAAUGGAUACGAUAACUUUGUUGGUCUUACACUUAGUAAUUCUAUGUAUUAUAAUGUUCAACAUUUAACUUUAGUACAAGGAUACAUAGUUAGCGUUAGUUUACGUCUUUUUUCGAGUUGGGAAGGCGAUGACCCACUUUAUCUUUUUGCUAUAUCAAAAUAUUUUCUUGAUCAUCAGAUAGCACAUCGUUAUCCUGUCGUUCCAGAAAGAAACAACACAGAAUGGCAAACAAUUGAAAUUCCGUACGGAAAAUUUCCUCUACUUAUUAACGAUCAUUUAGCUAUUGGUAUGCAAAGUUAUAGUGAAACAAACCAGAUUUAUUCUAUAAGAUCGGCAAUAUCAAUACAUGGAAAAAAUAUUACGAAUACUACAAUGAAAGUUCAUCCACAAGCUAUAACAGGCUUCUAUGGUGCUGCAUUCACUUUUAUUCUUGUUCAAGAUCGUAAGAGAAUAUUUAAUAAAACUUUUUUUCAUGUAUUGCUUUCUAUUUAG